AUGGCUGCAGCUGGUGGUGAGGGGCCGGUGGGGACCCCGCUCCUGCCGACCGGCGCUGCCCUGGCCCUGCUCGGUGGCCUGGUCUACCUGGGUGCCCUGUGCACUGCCUGCAGACGCAAGGGCAGGAAGAAGGUUGCUCCGGAUGGGGUGAAACUGGUGGAUGAGGCCCUGCUCCGGCAGACACAGCUGCGGUCACUCAGCAAGUCGGACACGAAGCUGCAUGAGCUGUACCGGCUGAAGGCCAGAGACAGCGCCCAGCGCCCGGCCAGCCUGGAUCUCCCCUGUCCUGCAGCCCCCGGAGCUGAGUCCCUGCUCAGCUCUGGCCUCCUGCACCGUGAGCUGCCCCGGAUUCCUGUCCCCGAGCCACCGGCCGCCUCCCCAGCCCCCGACCAGACCUACUCCAACCUGCUCUUCACCCCACUGAGGAAACCAGCAGCAGAUACUGUCUAUGAGUCCCUGGCAGUGGGGGGGGAGGACACCCCGGUGUCCCCCACACCCGCUGGCACCCAGGUGUCCCCCCCACGGGUGGGGCACGGGGCGGCCGAUUACGCCUGUGUCCAUAAGGUGAAGAAGGCGGUGCCUGUGGAGGUGCAGGAUGGGGCCAUGGCAGGACCCUCUGGAGCACAGCAAUGCUGGGAUGGCACAGGCAAUGCCCCCCGGGCCAAGCUGGAAGAGAUGUACUCGACAGUGUGCAAAGCCACCAAGAAGAAAUCCCAGGUCCCUGCAUCGACCCUGAGGGCCUCAAGGGAGGUGGGUUCUGGGUGGCCACCCCCCUGCCAGCAGGAGGGUGCCCCAGCUGGGUGCUGGACCCCAUCAGCCCAAGGCUCCCUGGACCCCUGCUAUGAAUCCAUCAAUGACAGAGCCUGGACUGCUCAGGGCCGUGGCCCCGACCCUGACUACGAGGCUGUGGACAUUAACUGGAAGAAGGCAGCGAAACGGGACAAGCUGGGGAAGACCUGUGUCCCUGAGAACCUGUACGAGAGCGUUGGGGACAUUUGGGCAGGGGAGCCCCGGAGAGCCUCCACCCGGACGACAGCCAACGGGCUGGAGGUGUACAUCACCAACCUAUAGCCCCCCAGGAGCAGGAUCAGUGCCACAGUGGGGUCCCACCAUGGCUGGACACUGUCAGUGCCCACAGACAGGCACCUGCAGCCCUGGGGCAUCCCUGCACAUGCUCUCUGUAUAUAUUUCUGUUACUUUUCUUUA